GCAGAGGUGCUGGCAAUGUAAUAUGCAAUGCUGGCAACAUCAAACAUGGCGCUGAGAAUCGGAACCCGUGUGCUUACUGGAGCCGCUUAUCGGUAUUUGCCUGCUUCGUGCAGCGUUCGCUUCAGUGGCUCUGGGUCAGGCGAAUGGGGCAGUGGAUCAGGACGCGGCGGUGGAGGUGGUGGUAGUGUUCGAGAGGCUGGUGGAGCCUUUGGCAAAAUGGAGGCAGCGAGGGAGGAAGAAUACUUCAGGAAGCUGACAGACGCGCAAGUUCACAAGCUGAGAGAGCACUUGGAAGAUGAAAUAAAGCACCAUGAGCGACUGGUUAAGCAGCAUGAGGAAGAAAUCGAAAGACACAAGAAGAAAAUUAGGGAGCUGAAGCUUAAGGAGCAUCCUUAAUAGCUGUCUACAUUUUCUCAGGAUACUUGGAAGUCUUGUUUGUGGAUUAGCAGGAAUUGACAGCGUGUAGUUAUGUUUCUUAUCUGUGAAACAGCUAGUGGAAUAUACUUUGUAAAGCUACAUGAGCAGUUGUUUAUGGUUCAGUAAAAGUAAGAAUGCACCAGAAGUAAAACCGUU